AAAAAGGGCCUGACGCGACUGAAUUUCUAUUUUCUUCCUUUUUUUUUUCUUUAAUCAUAUUUUUGAAUAGAUUUGCUUAUCAUGACUGAAUCAAAAACUGACAUGAAACAAGAAAACGAGACUAAUUUGAAUCAAGACACAAAGGAACUGAUGAAACAAGAUACUAAUGAAAAGUUGGAAACGCCAUCAACUACUGACGACUCUUCUUCUACACCAAAGAGAAAAGGCCGUCCCUCCAAGAAGGCAGCAACCGAUGACGUUGAAGGUACUACUCGUGGACGUAAAAAAAAGAUGACAACCAACAAAUCAACUCCAAAAUCCAAAACAGUAUCCAAAGCAACUAAGGUGAAAAGCAAAAUGGGGUGUCAAUUGGAACGUAUGAAAGAAUUGACUGAACGUUAUCCUGACAAAUUCUGGCAAUAUCAUGCGGAUAGUGGACAUGCUAUGAUCGAUGCCAUUAAUGAAAAUCACGUUUUAGAACCUGUCCAAUGCAAUAUCAGUGAUCAAGGUGCCAUUACUGGUCUUACAUUAUCACCCAAUGGAUUACUUUUGGCGACAUUUUCAACUAUUGGUUCUAUUAAGAUUUGGGAUAUUGGCAAUGAUUUACGAAUGGUUCGAAAAUUACGAGAUGCGGAUGAACCCAACAUUGAUGAAUUCUAUUGUGGUCAAUUUGUAGCUGAUGCCCCUGAAAUCGUGGUUGCGGCCGGUAAAUUGAAGGAUCGUCAUCAAUGGUCAUCAGAAGACGAAGAUAAUCAUAUUUUACCAUGUCCUAUCAAGAUCUUUAAUAUGGAAACUGGAAAAGUGAUUGCUAAAUUGGAAGGUCAUGAUGAAGAGAUUUUAUGUAUCAAGGCUCUUCGUUUCAAUGGGGAAAAUUACUACAUCUCUACAAGUCAAGAUGGACAUAUCAUAAAAUGGCGUAUGGCGGACGACUGGAUUACCUUACUCGAUUGGAAGAAAAUGGAGGAUGAAGAAACAUGCAUGGCUUUCACUGUAUCCUUUUUACCAAACGCUGGUAAUAAAUACUUUUUGGCUGCAUGUGAUGAACAUUUAAGACUUUAUGAUUUUGAACAUGGGAAGCUCAUACAAACCUUUGAAAACUUAUACUCGUCUUAUUGUGAUUGUGGUAAAUUCAUUAAUUGGCUGGAUGAAUCUUCAUAUUGGGAUACUCUCAAGGAAACAGCAUCAACCAAGGCUUCUCGACAACAACAACAAUAUGCAUGGUUUAUAUCAAGAGGAGCUGAAUUAUGUGAUGAAUCUGGUGGCAUCACGUCACCAAAUACAUGUACACUUCAUAGAUUGGUUUAUCCAAAUGAAGAAGAUGGAUUAUUUACUCUUGAAGAAAUCAGACGUUAUAAGCAUGAAGAUUAUAUUGCAAAUUCUUGGUUGGUAAAAGUAGCAUCGAAUGGUAGAUAUAUGUUAGCUCCCACUAUGUACGGACAAGUCUUUGUAUUCAAUCUGUUAUCAGGACAACUGACGGCAAUACUCAAACAUCAUGAGGAUAUGGAAAUUCGUGAUGUGGUAUUUCAUCCUUACGCGCCACUUAUGUUUAGCUCUGGUGAUGACGGCGCCGUGAAGGUUUAUUCUUACAAGUCGGAUGAUGCCCAACAAGAAGAUCAAGAAAUGAAAGAGGCUGAUACUUCUAGGACAACCGAACAAUCAGCCGAUGACAAGAUGCAUAAAGAUUUAGAUGUAGGUGCACCAUCAUCAACUUAAUUAUCGUUAGAAUUAGCUAGUGAACGUUUCUUUUAUCAUUUGCUCAGUUUUCAUUUAUUAAUAAAAAGAUAUUUUUUUGUAUG